UGAGGAUGUGGAACUAGGGAUAUCACCACUGAUACCAGAUAGAUCCUGACAGAAAGCAAAGAACACCAGAAAGGUGUUUACCUGUGUUUUAUUGACUAUACUAAGCCAUUCAACUGUGUGGAUCAUAACAAAUUAUGGAUAACAUUGUAGAGAAUGAGAAUUCCAGAACACUUAAUUGUGCUCAUGAGGAAUCUGUACAUGAAUCAAGAGGAAGCUGUUCGAACAGAACAAGGGGAUACCAGAUGGUUUAAAGUCAGAAAGGUGUGUGUAAGGGUUGUAUGUUUUCAGCAUAUCUAUUCAAUCUGCAUGCUGAGCAAAUAAUCUGAGAAGCUGGACUAUUUGAAGAAGAACGAGGCAUCAGGAUUGGAGGAAGACUCUAAUAACAACAACAAAGCUAUAUGUGUAACUAUAGGUAUAAAAAAAAUAGGUAUAGGUAGGAAGAUAUAAGUACUUUAAUGCAAAGGUAGAAGAAAGGACUUGGUAGAGGUAUAAAAUCGAUUAUGGUAGUAUUCAGAAAAAGAAAAUUUGGAUGACAUAAGGAGAUUAGAGAAAAAUGAUUUAAUUAAACAUGAUUUGUUUUAUUUUCCUUCGCUUUGUUUUCAUUUGUUUUAGGAGCAGGCAUGAACUUUCAGGAAUUUUCCAAUAAAAAUGGCAGCGUGAUAACAGAAUUCAUUCUCCUUGGGCUCACAAAUCGCCGAGAACUCCAGCCUCUCCUCUUCGUGCUGUUCCUUGCUGUUUAUUUUGUCACCCUCAUAGGCAACCUGGGUAUGAUAGUGUUAAUCAGACUGGACUCUCGUCUUCACACCCCCAUGUACCUCUUCCUCACUAAUUUAGCCUUUGUGGACUUGUGCUACACCUCAAAUGCAACCCCACAGAUGCUGACUAAUUUCUUGUCAGAGAAGAAGACCAUUUCCUUUGCUGGUUGCUUUACACAGUGUUACCUUUUCAUCGCACUUCUCCUCACUGAGCUUUAUAUGCUGACAGCAAUGGCCUAUGACCGCUUUGUGGCCAUAUGCAACCCUCUGCGCUGCAGUGUAAAAAUGUCCAGGAAAAUCUGCAUCAGUUUGGCCGCAUUUCCUUAUGUCUAUGGCUUCUCAGAUGGUCUGUUCCAGGCCAUACUGACCUUCCACUUGACCUUCUGUAAAUCCAAUGUCAUUAAUCACUUCUACUGUGCUGAUCCACCACUCAUUAAACUGUCUUGCUCUGAAACUAACAUCAAGGAACAUGCCAUGCUUAUCUCAGCUGGCUUCAACUUCUCCAACUCCCUCACCAUCGUCCUGGUGUCCUAUGUCUUCAUUAUUGCUGCCAUCCUCCACAUCAAAUCAGCCGAGGGAAGGCACAAGGCAUUCUCUACCUAUGGUUCCCAUAUGAUGGCUGUCAUCCUAUUUUACGGGACACUCUUCUGCAUGUAUGUAAGACCACCAACAGACAAGACUGCUGAGGAAUCCAAAAUAAUAGCUGUCUUCUACACCUUUGUAAGCCCAAUGCUUAACCCGAUGACCUAUAGUUUGUGGAACAAAGAUGUAAAGCGAGCCUUGAAGAAUGUUCUUAGACGCAAUAUGGCCAGUAAGAUGGCAAUACCUCCACUGUCCAAUAAAUGAUCACUCAAAAAGAUUGGCUCAAGUAUCUUUACAUUUUGAGAUUGAGCAUUAAUAUUCUCUAUAGGUACGUGUCAGAUAUCUCAGCUGAAGGUCUCACGUCUGGGGAACAAUGAGCUGCAUUUAUUACUUGAGGCCUUUGCUCCUUAAGGUGCAUCAUCCAUGGACCAGCCACAUAGCCAUUACCUUUGAAUUGGUUAGAUAUGUAAAACCACACGCUGCACCUCAGAUCUACUGUAUUCAAGUCUGCAUUCCAUUCAAAUUCCCAUGUGAUUUGUAAGCACGUUAAAGUUUGAGAAGCACUGCUCUAGGUCACUUAUUCCCAACUACUAUGCCCUGUCGCAUAGGUGUG